CGUGUAUAAAAGCUCCACAGUUUGAGCUGAACGCAGCAACUCCGAACAGACAUCAACAGGCAAGAUGACGACUCUUUCUGCUAAAGACAAGAACAUAGUCAAAGACUUCUGGGCUAAAGUCGCUGGCAGGGAGGAGCAAAUCGGCUGCGAAGCUCUGUCCAGGAUGCUGACAGUGUACCCCCAGACCAAGACUUACUUCUCCCACUGGAAGGAUCUGAGCCCCGGUUCUGACCCGGUGAGGAAGCACGGAGCAACAAUCAUAGCUGCAGUUGCUGAUGCUGUGAGCAAAAUGGACGAUCUGACCGGAGGUCUGCUGAGCCUCAGUGAGCUGCAUGCCUUCACUCUGAGAGUGGACCCUGCAAACUUCAAGGUUCUCUCUCACAACAUCCUUGUGGUCCUGUCCACCAUGUUCCCCGACGACUUCAGCCCUGAGGUCCAUGUGGCCAUGGACAAGUUCCUGGCUGCCGUGGCUCUCGCCCUGUCUGAGAAAUACCGAUAAACUGCACACAGGAGCGGAGGACUGCAUCGUGGGCUCGAAUCCUCACUACCAAUCUGACUUUUAAUAAAUCAUCAAAUGCAAUUAAA